AUGGCCAUCCAGGAGUAUUUCACCAGAAUUUCUUACCGGGGCUCCUACGAUAAUCCGGACCUGCCUACCUUGACGGAUAUAUUCCAGCAUCACAUCCGAGCGGUCCCUUUUGAAAACCUCAGCAUCCACUGUGGGGAAAGCAUCGAGCUGGACCUGGAAGCCAUUUACAACAAGAUAGUGAGGAAGAAACGCGGGGGCUGGUGCAUGGAAAACAACCACCUUUUAUCUUGGGUCCUGAAAACCCUCGGCUACAAUGUCACCUUUCUGGGAUCAAAUGUUUAUGUCCCGGAGUACGAUGCGUAUGCAGAUGACAUCGAUCAUCUGCUGCUAAAAGUGGAGCUUGAUGACAAAUCCUACAUUGUGGAUGGCGGGUUCGGGAUGGCUUACCAGAUGUCAGGGACAGCCCAGCCGCAGACCCCUGGGGUCUUUCGGUUCCUGGAGGAAAGCGGGGUCUGGUACCUCGAGAAGGUGAAAAGGAAGCAGUGGGUUCCCAAGCAAAGCAUCUCCACUUCCCGUAACGUGGAAAAAGAAGUUUGCCAUCGGGUUUAUCUCUUCACCCUUCAGCCACGAGACAUCGAAGACUUCAGAGCCUGCAACACCCACCUGCAGACAGCGCCGGACUCGCUGUUUGUGACAAAGUCUAUCUGCAGCCUGCAGACCACCGAUGGUGUCUGGGCUCUGGUGGGGUGGAAACUCACUGAGAUAAAGUACAAUUAUAAGGAUAAUAUGGAUCUGGUGGAAAUCAGAAUCCUUGCAGAUGAAGAAAUGGAGAAAACACUGAAAGAGAAAUUCAAUAUAACACUAGACAAGAAAUUUGUACCCGUCAAUAGAAGCAGGUUGUCUCUGUUUUAA